CGUUCCCGCACUUGCGCCAGAGAGGGGAGGUAAAGCCGACCCAGCAGCGGCAGUUAAAGAUGUGGCGCGAGUCCUGAAAAGAGCAAUUAACUGAGAAGGACUGGAAGAGAAGCGGGACUGUUGGUUGGACCUGUGUGCGAGAUGGAGUCUCCACAGGAGAAGGAAGAUCAGCCGUUCUUCUGCAUGACUCUGAAAGGCUUUGUGAAAAUACUGCGUUUGGUAGUAACUGUGGCAUCCAUGACCUUUUUCAUCAUCGCACAAGCCCCCGAACCGUACAUCGUUAUCACUGGGUUUGAACUCACCAUUAUUUUCUUUUUCAUAGCUUUGUAUAUAUGCAGACUUGACAAAAAGAUGAGAUGGCUGUUUUGGCCUUUGCUUGAUGUUAUCAACUCAAUGGUAACAAUGUUAUUCAUGCUUACUGUAUCUGUGUUGGCUCUGUUACCAGAAACAUCAAAAAUGACCGUCCUUGGAGGGGUGUUUGGUCUCCUGACAGUAAUAUGUGCGAUUGUUGAUUGUGCCCUGACGUCCCGGAAACUUAUACUUAACCCGAGUGGACCUUAUAGGAAAAGAUCUACUGAUGACAACUAAUAAUUUGUACUCAUUUUUACUAGCUAUUAAAAACAUAAUUCUUUAUUCUUCCGUA